AUAUCCUCUCUUCUUGGUCUGUAGUCACUGACAUCCGUUUCAAUGUUUUGAGUAAAUUAUUUUCAUAAAUAUUUUAUAGAAUAUUUGCUUUCCGUUUUAUUUUAUUAUCAUGGAUGAAGAUAUUCGUACAGUUUGGUGUGGAAAUUUAAGUGAGAAAGUAACAGAAGAAAUUCUGUAUGAAUUAUUUUUGCAGGGUGGUCCCGUACAAAGAGUUUCUAUUCCUAAAGAUCGUGAUGGCAGACAAAGAUCUUAUGGAUUUGUAACUUAUAAACAUAUUGAUUCUGUAUCGUAUGCUUUAAAUCUGUUUGAUGGAACAGUACUAUUCAAUCGGCCCCUUAGUAUGAGCACCAGGAAAAAUGCAGAAUUACCGCUUAUUAAUAAUACACCAGAUCAUUUUAUGAAUAUUAAUCAUUUGCUUCAGUUAGGCCAACAAAUGGUGUUAGGAAAUAGUAUGUAUCAGAUACAAUCAGACUCAUUUCAAACAAACAUGUCACCAAACACAGUUUCACAUACAAAAAAAAUAGACACUUAUAAAGAUGAUAGAAUGUCACGACGCGCACAUCCAUAUCAUAGAAAGCAAACACAAAAUGAUAGCCGCUAUACAGAUCAUAGGUCUAAAAGUAAUUAUAGUAAUCACAGAUCAAAUGACUAUUCUAGACGUGAUUAUAAACGCAAUAGGCGUAAUUAUCGUUAAUAUUUUUUUGAAUACAGAAACGAAUAAGGAAUAUAAUAAUUUCUAUUGUUAUAAAUGUUUAAAUUAAUGUGCAUUUAUGCAACUUCAAUGA